GUGUCACCAACUCAGAAGCGUCAGUUGGAGGAGUCCAAGAGAGGGGAGGAAGCCUGGCCCUUGACGACUGUCAAAGGAUCGUGUAGCCUUACUCUCUAUUUAUAAAACCCUUAAUUUGAUCAUCUUUCUCAAAUCGAACAUACUAAUUCGACUGCUUCUCAAUUAGAUUCGGAAGAAACUGAUCAUCCUCUCUCUCUCUGUCCAAAUCGAUAACGAUGUCUCACUCUGCUGUUUCUCAGGCUGCUACUGCUGUCUCUGUUUCAGUUGGCAACGAACGUUCUCUUAGAAGAUCUGUCUUCAAGCAUAACAAUAGCAUCAGCUUCAACACCAAGUCAUCAUGGUCAUCUUCCUUAGCGUUGAACCAGAAAACAACUACUACCAUAAGAGAUGCAAGACGGUACACGAGCACAACAACGUUAUGCAUGUCGGUUCAACAAGCAAGCAGCUCCAAAGUUUCCGUCUCUCCUAUAGAGUUGGAAGACCCCAGUGAUCCUCCUUUGAACUUGUACAAACCCAAAGAUUCUUACACAGCUAAGAUCGUCUCCGUGGAGCGAGUCGUCGGUCCAAAAGCUCCAGGAGAGACUUGUCACAUCGUCAUCGAUCAUGACGGUAACCUUCCUUACUGGGAAGGACAGAGUUACGGUGUCAUCCCUCCCGGUGAGAACCCGAAGAAACCAGGAGCUCCACACAAUGUGCGUCUUUACUCCAUUGCAUCAACGAGGUAUGGAGACUUCUUUGACGGCAAAACAGCGAGUCUGUGUGUACGCAGAGCUGUUUAUUACGACCCCGAGACUGGUAAAGAAGACCCUUCAAAGAACGGAGUCUGCAGCAACUUCUUAUGCGAUUCAAAACCUGGAGACAAUAUUCAAAUCACAGGUCCAUCGGGGAAGGUAAUGCUAUUACCAGAGAACGAUCCAAACGCGACGCACAUAAUGAUAGCAACGGGAACAGGGGUGGCUCCGUACAGAGGCUACCUGCGUCGAUUGUUCAUGGAAGACGUCCCAAACUACGGAUUUAAGGGCUUAGCUUGGCUCUUCUUGGGAGUGGCUAACACUGACAGCCUUCUCUACGAUGAUGAGUUCAGCAAGUACUUGAAAGACCACCCGGAUAACUUUAGGUUCGACAAGGCGUUGAGCAGAGAAGAGAAGAACAAGAAAGGUGGGAAGAUGUACGUGCAGGACAAGAUUGAAGAGUAUAGCGAUGAGAUCUUCAAGCUUUUGGAUAACGGAGCUCAUAUUUACUUCUGUGGGCUUAAAGGAAUGAUGCCUGGGAUUCAAGAUACGCUUAAGAGAGUUGCUGAGGAGAGAGGUGAGAGCUGGGACGCCAAGCUUUCUCAGCUCAGGAAGAACAAGCAGUGGCACGUGGAAGUCUAUUAAGCUUCUUUACCUUUCUAUUUUCACUUUGUUUUUUUUUUUGGUUUUUGAUUUGAUUUUAAGCUUCUUAAUAAAAUAAUUGAAUUGAUGUGGUUUGAGAAGAAAUAUUCUUCGGAAUAUUCUCAGAGAACGAACCAUGUUAUGACAAGAGUCAUCAAGAAUAAUCUUAUCUUAGCUUUC